CAAUGAAGGCCUACCCUUAUUCUGGACCUGGCCCACUGAUCAGAGGUUGACAGCUGUCAAUCAACCAGCAAACCCGCCCACCACUACCACUAAGAAAAAGAGUGGGGCUGGCAGGCGAGGAGACCUCGGCGUUUCAUUGGUUGUGAGAGAAAACGCGCACUCCCGAUUGGCCCCUGAGAACCACGGCCUCCCGCCUUCUUCCCAUAUAGCCAAUAGGACAAAUGCCCCUGUCUUCUGCCGGCGAGUGGGCGUGUCUUCGGUUACGGCGGCCUUGCGAGUCCAAGCGUCCACUGUUGGCGAGGCAAGCGAGGGCCGAAUGGGGACGCAGGAGGCGGGCGGCGCGGAGCCCCCUCAGGGCGGCCCGUUCUUCACCAUGGACGAGGUGGCGAAGCGGAGCACCGGGAAAGAGACCUGGCUGGUCAUCCACGGCCGCGUCUACGACGUGACCCGCUUCCUGGACGAGCAUCCCGGUGGAGAGGAGGUUCUCCUUGAACAAGCCGGUCAGGACGCAACAGAGAGCUUCGACGAUGUGGGCCACUCUGAAGACGCCCACGAAAUGCUCAAGCAAUACCUCAUAGGAGAAGUUCACCCGGAUGACCUGAAGCCAGGCGGCUCCAAGGAUCCAAACAAAUCUCCUUCCAAUGAGUCAAGCUUCUGGACGGUGUGGCUGAUUCCCAUCGUAGGGGCCGUGGUCCUGGGCUUGAUGUACCGCUUCUAUGUCAUGGAUGCAAAGUCCUCUUGAUCCGUUGCGGGGAGCAGAACGUAGGCUCUUGAAGUUUUGGCCGCCUCCGUCGUCCAUCCAUCACCCAUUCUCCUCACCAAGGGGAACCCCGAGGGACCCACCAUGACUUUGUUGUUGAGAACACACAAAAAAGCAUCCGCCUCCAUUCCAUGAUUUGUAGUCGUUGACUGUGAGUCACUUCUCAGCCAGUAUCCUUCCACUUUGUGCACAGUUCUAACCCAUCCAAGUAUGGAAGGGUUAGGGGCACAGAGCUCCAUGGAAGUGUGGUAACUACACAUGAGAAAAAGCCUAUUAUUUUUUAACCUGAAAAAACAAUCCUCUAGGAAUUUCUAGGUUGUCCAGUAUGAGGAGGUUAUACUGGAGGGACUAGAAUAUUCCUAGGAAGGUUAAAAAGACAUGUCACAUAAUCGAGAAGAAGCUCUGUUUUUCAUCUUUCCAACUGCCUUUUCUCUGUUUCUGUGGUUUUAAAAAACGGUUAAACAGAUCUGUAUUUUUUCAGCAGUACUUUGGUUGAUGUACUACUGGUUGACUGUAUGCCUUUUUAAUCGGCCAGCUGUGUAAUAAAUAACACUCUCAAUGA